AUGAAAUGCCAUGCGAUUUAUGAAAGCAUCAAAUCAUACUCCAGUGACAUUCUGCAGCACAAAAGACGUCUAACGUAAGAACAAGUGAUCUUCUUGGAGUGCUCAGCCCGCCACAUACAUUCACAUUGCAGCGUCUUUAACUUUUCUUUUUCUGUCGACGCAAGAUUCCUGCGAUGUUUUAUUCCAGACUUUGAAGACGGGACAAGACACGAGACAAAAUCCCUGUCGGCAGGUAUGGCCAAUUUACUCCUAGGUGUCUAGUCUCGACGACGUUGCUCCAGCCCCGGAGAUGUGCAUGUACUGCCAUCAAGAACGCCCGAUUAUAAUGUCUAUGUAUGAUUCGUGCGACUCGAAGUUUCAUGGCUUGCACAGCCGCUCUGGUGGCUGUAGCCUCGCUGUCGUGAAGCACCUCAUGCGCCAACACAUACACGUCUCUCUUUUCGCGCCAUACUUCUCUAGACUUGUCAAACUUUUCCCUCGCGAUCGACGCCGUCAAUAAUGAUCAUUUCGAAGCAUUUCCUCGAGCGGAUUACGCUCUCGUUGCUCAUUGCCUCUGCAGCCACCAAUGUCCAAGCCUCAACGACAAUUUCUGCUACAGCCUCGUCUCCAUCAGCAACAUCGACAACUUCACCAGGCGACUCUGCAUGUGGGUCGGGUUAUCUAGGCAACGGUGUAUGUGGAUGGGUAUCUGGCGCCUCGACGAGAAAUACACAUACUAUCCUUUGGUCUUGUUUUGCGGUCAUUCUGCUUUGCACUUAUAAAGUCGUUCACAACAAUGUAUGCUCGGAGAAUGAGCACCUUGCAUCUUGGAGACAGUGGCCUUUCUACAGAAAAAGGCUCAGGGCAUUGGGAGUGAUGGUCCUCGCGAUCAUGUCCCCUGAGUUUAUAUCUGCUAGAGCAGUCAGCGACUGGAGUGAGUCCAGGUCAAUUUGUCUCCGCAUGAAGGCAAAGGGAUACUAUUGUUCGAUGGUGCAAGCACAUUUCAUCAACAUGGGCGGCUUGGCUACCACAACCUCUGAGGGUCUAGCUUUGCUUAGGUGGGAAAGUCUCCCAGAACUGAUGGAUCGUUAUGGUUGGAGCGAAGUAGUGGAGCAGCUACCAUCCGAUGUAGACAUUAAAGAUCGCAGCAAAACGGAUAGCUUCACAGCCACCCUCGCAAUUGUGCAGUCUUUGUGGCUAGUGCUAGAAUGUAUAGGAAGAACAGUUGGAGGUGCAAGUAUCUCCGAGUUGGAGUUGAGCACUUGCGCCUUUGUCUUGUGCUCUCUGGUAUCGUACGGCUUUUGGUGGAAUAAGCCAUAUGAUAUCGAGCAUCGCAGUGUUAUUACAUUUCCCGAGUCCACACAAUCCCAUGUUUUGAAAGUGGUUAGCAAACACAACCUAACGUCCGACUACAACAACGAUAGAGUGAGAUUUGAGGAUGAUCGCACUUACCCCGAUAUCUUUCGCCUGUACAGCUGGUACAUUAUGGCUAGCCUUGCUGUUUUAAUCGUAGCGAUACAUCUCGCUGCAUGGAAUUGGUUAUUUCCCAGUCAUGUCGAACUCUGGCUUUGGAGAUUGUCUUGUCUUGCCGUCCUUCCCUCCUGUGCGUUGCUCUUCAUUGCGGGGAUGGGUUGGACUUCAGACGGCCAUGAGGCUGUAUUUACUUUGGUUGCUAUUUCGGUAUACAUGAUGUCCCGUCUUAUCAUCGUCGUGCAGAUCUUCCUUUGCUUCAGGAAAAUGCCAGAGAGUGUUUAUACAGAGGUUCCUUGGUCGUAUUGGGAUAGAUAUCUUCCUCGAUUGUCUUGAGGCGGUCGGAGAUUGGGAAUCAGAGUCAUGCAGAUAGCGAUGCGUCUUUUGAAAACAGUGCCUUGUGCACG